AUGAUCCCAAGGUCGAACCACGGCAGUCGCAGCCGCAAUGGGUCGCCAAUGCGUCCUGCGUUCCCCGGCACUGCAUCCUACAGACCCGAUAACAUCUCAAUAACCGACGACCUGCACCCUGUCAUCCACGCCGGCCGUGUUGCGCUCAUCACUGGUGCCGCCAGCGGUAUCGGCCGCGCUGCAGCUCUCGAAUUCGCAAAGCUCGGCUUAAAGGUCGCGAUCGCGGACGUCAACGAGGAGAAGUUGCAGGGGGUUGGCAAGGCACUUGCGGCGACCAUCGGCGAGGCCAACGUCCUUGUCGUCCCCACCAAUGUUUCGAAACUUGAGGAAGUCAUUCGGCUCAGAGAUCGCGUCUACGAACAAUGGGGCGAGGUCGCUGUCCUGAUGAACAAUGCCGGCAUCGGCGACAAGGGAACUUCAUGGGAUGGUAUUGAGAACUGGCGCAAAGUCUUCGAUGUCAACCUCUUUGGAAUCAUCAACGUUCAGCAGACGUUCGUUCCCAGCAUGCUCCACCAGGAGAACCCUGCUAUUGUCAUCAACACUGGAUCGAAGCAAGGAAUUACGAACCCUCCAGGAAAUGCAGCUUAUAAUGCGUCUAAGGCAGCCGUGAAGAGUCUUACAGAAGGCCUGGCCCAUGAAUUGCGGGAACGACCCAACAGCGAUGUUACCGCUCAUCUGUUCAUUCCCGGCUGGACUUUCACCGGCCUCACUGGCUCAGACAGCAAGGCAGAAAAGCCUGCUGGUGCUUGGACCCCCGAGGAGACCGUUCUCUACAUGCUCGACAAGGUCCGCGAGGGUGAGUUCUACAUCCUCGUCCCCGACAACGAAACGAAGCGCGAGGUGGACCAGCUGAGGAUCAUGUGGGCCGCCGCGGACAUCGCUGAGGGACGCCCGGCGCUGAGUCGCUGGCACCCGAACUACAAGGCGUUGUAUGAGGAGUAUAUGAGGGAGGGUAUGGCUCAGCUGGAGUAA